CAUCGGCAGAACAAGACGUGAUCGUUGCCUGUUAUUCAGAAAAAAAAAACGCGCGGUAAAAAAUAGAAAGUUCGUUCGAAGUUCAAGUUUCGUUAUUUACCAAUAUUUGUCUUAAAUCCUAUUAAGAAAUAAAUAAAAUUUUUAUUGAUGGAUUUUAUGUGUCUGUAGUUUAGUGACUUUUGGUGUUUAUAUUUUAGCUAAAUUAGGAAUUAUGUCGGCAAUGACGCGGUAUUUAAUUUAUUUGACGCUGGCAUCGCUAUGUGUUUCGGAGCCUGCCGUAGAAUCAAAGAUAGAAGCAGAAUCACAGACCGACUCUGAAGAGCCCCCAGAAGGAUACUACGCUUUUGUAGAGUCGCCUAAUGCUACACCGCCUAGGGUCCGCCCCCCGCCCUACCGGCAAGUGGCCUCGGAAUGCGCCUCCUCAGCAGAGAAGGCUCACGUCAGCGCCAACAACCUCUGCGGGGACCUCAACCGGGGCAUCAUACCGCGCAACCCCAUGGGACAGAACCCCAAUGGAGAACCUUAUCCUUUCGAGCUAAUCCGCAACCACACGCUCCGCUUCCUGUCGCGCACGCUGCCGGUGCUGCGCGCCGACGACGCGUUGCCGCGCGUGGCGCACGUCACGCAGCCGCCCGCGCACGCGCACGCGUACCCCGCCGAGCACGACCUACCCGAGCUGCAGCACAAUAGGUUAGAGGAACGCUCGAAGAGGUCCAUCUCAGCAGAGGAGAUACCCGCCAGCGAGCUGCAGAUGGAGCAUCGCGGACUGGACGAAAAGCCGCGGGAGAGCAGGAAGUUCUGUGACGGAGGCGGAGUAUUCUGCAUGUUGUACCGCGCUAUAAAUGGUGAAAGUGCAGGACCUGAACGUCGAGAGGAUCCAGGUCUAGCCCCCCAUGCUCCUCACGCAGCACCUCAUAGAUAUGAGGGUCCACCUACUCCGUGUCCCGCACGUGUGGAGUACGCAACACCAGUGUUCGCACGCAACUACCAAGGUGUUUGGCGUUACGUUGUUCAGAUACCCUAUGAGGGGUACUUUACACAAACCGUAGAGGUUACCAGAUGCAUGCAGUCACGGUGCCACUAUUUAGAAGGUGGUUGUCUUAGCUCACCGCGCUGGCUCUCUCUACUUGUGGCCGAGCUUCAUUAUCCGCCUCGGCCUGCUACACCUGCUACACCCCUCCACCAGGAGUUUCCGGCAUACGGUUCCACGGAGACCAGCUCUGAGAAGCCUCAGCACUGCGACGGACAUGAUGAGCUGGGCUGCUAUCAGGUACGCCUGUACUAUGACUGGUUCCUAGUUCCUGGUUCCUGUAAAUGCUGGCGGCCAGACUACUUCGCUCGUUACGUGAGGCGCAACCAACACGAGUUGUAAAUAAAGAUCUCUUUAUAAUAUAGACCUCUUGCAAUAAAUAUUAUUAAAAUUUAAAAAAAAUAUUUCAAAGUGAAAAUAAUAUAAUUAUAACUAUAGACUCUAUCGAAUUCGAAGCGAAGCUCUUUGUUUUAAAACUAGGUUAUUACCUUUGUAAAAACAGAUCAGGUUUUUUUUUCUUGAAUUUCUAAUAUAGGUGGAUUGUGACAAAAUCUUUUGGUAACGUUAUGUUGGUGGAUAAAAUAAUAUUUUUAAGGUUUCAUGAGUAUGAUACUCAAACAAAUAUGAUACAUAUUUUAUACUAUAAUUAUGUUUAUAAAAUAAUUGUAUUUAGGAAACCUUUUGGGUGAGAUAAUUAAAAAUAAGAUAAUACUCGUAUUAUGAGAAAUAGGUGCAUACACCUUUUUAUUAGUUGAUAUUUGGUGCUAAGACUUGGUGACGUUUGAGACUGUACUGUAUUUAUUGAAUGUAUUGUUAUUUCUUGUGGUGCUUUUUAGUUUCUUAAAGGCGUAGGUAUUUAUAUUAUCAUAAAUUCUUUAAGAUGGUUCGAUCUAAUAUACUAUGUAUUUUUUAUUAAAAACUAAACGUGAUAUUAAAAUUUCAGGCAAGAUUUAUCUUAGAAGCGCCUUUAGAAAAAUAUUUUUUGUGUGUGCUAGACAUUUGCUAUGAAUUUAAUUAAUAUUAUUUAUUAGCCUGUAGGAACUGAUACCAUUGCUUUAUUUAAUUUAAUAAAUAAAUAAUUUAUAA